AUGGAGGAGGAGGAUGAGAUUCAAGCACAAAAUUCAUGUAAAUUCCCAAGAGUUGAAAAUGAAGAAGAAAAUGGGAAUUUGAACAGGUACAAUAAUUGGCACCAUCAUUCAUCAAGAAUCAUAAGGGUGUCAAGAGCUUCUGGUGGAAAAGAUAGGCACAGCAAAGUUAUGACUUCAAAGGGUUUAAGAGACAGAAGGGUUAGGCUAUCUGUAACAACAGCUAUUCAGUUCUAUGAUCUUCAAGAUAGGUUGGGUUAUGACCAACCAAGUAAAGCUGUUGAAUGGCUUAUAAAAUCAGCUUCUGAUGCAAUUUCUGAAUUACCUUCACUCAACAACUCGUUAUUCACUGAUAAUAGUAAUAAUAAUAAUGAUAAUAAUAAUAAUAACAAUGGUGUUGGUUCACCUCAUGAUGCUGAAAUGGUUGUGGAGAAUGGGGAGAAUAAUAAUCAUCAAAGUCAGAAUCUUUCCUUGUCUAAAUCUGGUUGUAGUAGCACUUCUGAGACGAGUAAAGGUUCUGGUUUGUCGCUUUCGAGAUCUGAUGUUCGUGUGAGCCGGGUUAAGGCUAGGGAAAGAGCGAGAGAAAGAACCGCGAAAGAGAAGGAAAAAGAAAAUCAUGAUUGUUCUCACAACAAUGUUAGUAAUCCUUUUCAUCAUCACCAGAAUGUUAACUCUUCUUCCAUUUCUCAAACAGCUUCCUUCACCGAACUUCUUACCGGUGGAAUCAACAAUGCAGCAACAAGAAGUCCAAGAGGGUCAGUUGAAGAACCUAAUUUCUUCAACAAAGCUCGACGACAACAGCAGCAGCAGCAACAGCAAUGGAGUUCUUCUUCAGCACCAAUGGAUCAGUACUUUAGUCCACUGCUUAUAGGAACUCCUUCUUCAUCAAGAACGUGUUAUCAGUUAGGACAUUCACUUCAUGAUCAUCAAUCCAUGACAAUGUCUAACUCAGUUUCACCUUUCAGUAGUGGUGAAAACCAUUCUGCAGAUCAGAAUCAGCAUCAGAUGCAGCAUCAGUUUUCUUUCAUACCUGAUCAUAUGAUGCAAAACGUGGUUACUUCUUCUUCUACUCAACCAAGUGGCAACAACAAUAAUGAUUAUAAUCUGAACUUUACGAUCUCUUCGGGCCUUGCUGGUUACAAUAGGGGGACCCUUCAGUCCAAUUCACCGUCUCUUUUGUCUCAUCUUCAGAGGUUUUCAGUUUCAUCUUUAGACGGAUCCAACAAUCUACCUUUUUUCAUGGCAGGAGGAGGAGGAGCUGGUGCUUCUACUUCUUCUUCUCCUGCUUCUGGUUCACCUGCUCCUACUUCAAUGGAGAAUAAUCCUCAUCACCAUCACCACCACCAGAUUCAACACCAUCCAUUUUCAUCUGUUUUUGAUGGUAGCAGCUUACAGCUCUACUCAGAUCAGAAAGGAAAACCCAAAAACUGA